UGUGAGCUAAAGUUGUGUACAAGAGGUCCCACCUUGCGUUUUAAUAAUUUGAACUACUACCAUUACAUACAUUACAACAAUUCAUUUUGUGCCUUUCCAACUAUAAUAACAUUUUGUUGCCGACAGUUUACGAUUUAUUAAGUCUAGUUCUUACUUAAAAAAAAUUUAAAAAGCGACAGUAUUUGGUAGCUCAGUCAUGGAGCCACCCAGUGCGGGGACCAGUUCUCCGGGUCUCUUAAACGCGCCUCCUCUUUUACCGCCUCCAAUGCUAAGCGGUAUGCCUCCACCAAUGCCGCCCGCUGUGGCAAUGCCACCAGUGCCUGGGUUACCUCCAAAUAUGGCUACAUUACCACCGCCCAUGGGCUUUCCUCCCAUGUUGCCGCCUCCAUUUUCAAUACCACCGCCAGGAUUCCCUGCAUUCAAACCGGAAUUAAAUGCUCCUGCACCAGAUGUUGCUCCAUCGGCAAAUCAAAGUAGUCCAUGGUCUGAACAUAAGGCCCCUGAUGGAAGAACAUAUUACUAUAAUUCUGUAACCAAACAAAGCUUGUGGGAAAAACCUGACGACUUAAAAACGUCAGCUGAGAAACUAUUAUCUGCUUGUGUAUGGAAAGAAUAUACCACAAAUACUGGCAGACUUUACUAUCAUAAUAUUGAGACAAAGGAGUCCAGUUGGGUAGUACCGAAAGAAUUACAGGAGAUUAAAGACAAAAUUGCUGCUGAAGAAGCUGCUCAGCGCAUUGUGAUGGAAGUAACACCGAGUGAGGUGCCGCUGCCGGCAGAGCCUGCAGGCUCCUCCGCCCUUGACGAAGCUAUGGCUAAAACAUUAGCAGCCAUUGAUACCUCAUUGGCCACAUCCAUACCUGUACCUGACGAAAUAGAACCAGAAGACACAGUUUCAAUUAAUAAUGAAACUCAAGAACAGCCGGAGAUGUUGUACAAAGACAAGAAAGAGGCUAUUGAAGCAUUUAAAGAACUGCUGAAAGAUAAGAAUAUACCCUCAAAUGCAACAUGGGAACAAUGUGUAAAAGUUAUUUCAAAAGACCCACGAUAUGUCACUUUUAAAAAACUCAAUGAAAAGAAACAAGCGUUCAAUGCUUACAAAACUCAAAAAUUAAAAGAUGAAAGAGAGGAACAGAGAGCUCCUCCCAGUGAUAGGAAAAUUAUACGAGCGACUAUUACGCAAACGCCUCUGGGACUUUAUCACCUCGAAAGGCAUCCUGAUCGACGAAUAGUUUGGAUUCCAUGCGAACCACUUGUACAUUCGUUAGUGCACCGCCUCACGGAGCACAUCUUAGUAGGGCUAAAUAGACGCAGGCCCGUCCCCACGAGGGCCCUCUUCUUCGAUAUCGCGAAGGCGUUCGACAAAGUUUGA